CGGCGAGUAAGAGGAAGUAAACAGAGCUGCUUCAGCGUCUUUCUGCUCUUUGAAUGAGAAUUUAAUGUUUUAUUACAUUUUCUCAGCGCAGCUCGGUCUGUAAACGGACACAGUGCAGGCAUGAACGGCCAGGCUGAAUUAGAUGUGGAUUACAAGCGGAAAUACAAAAACCUCAAGCGCAAAUUAAAGUUUUUGGUGUAUGAGCAAGAAUGUUUUCAGGAGGAGCUGAGAAGAGCACAGAGAAAGCUGCUUAAGGUUUCCAGAGACAAAAGUUUUCUGCUGGACAGAUUGUUACAGUAUGAGCGGGUGGACGAGGAUUCCUCUGACUCAGAUGCCACAGCGUCCUCAGAGAGUGAUGGAGAGGGUCCCAGAGAAAGAGAACGAGAGGCAGGAAAGAAGAGGCGGAGCCCUGGAGUUCCACCCAUCACUUCAGCUUCAUCCCCCCAUCUGUCUCUCCUUCCUCGCCCGGGAGCAACCCCUCUUCAGUCCUCAGCCCCCACCCAGUAUCUCAACACGUUACCCUUUCCUCCUGACUAUUUGGCUCCCUCUGCUGAGCGAGUGAAGAAAGAGAGAAAAACAAAACCGUCCAAACAAAGGAAAGAGCCUGCAGGAAAGGUGGUCUCUCCUUUGGCUUCUAAUUACCCAGCAGGCGGUGCUCAAGGCGCGGGUUCGUCCGGCCCGUUCAGCUGGGUCCCGCGGCAGAUGCUGAGCGGAGACGCCGCCGAGGAAGAAGGAGAGAGCGAAGCAGAAAGCGAUGGAGGAGAGGAGGAGAGAGGAGAGGGAGAAGAAGCUGAACUGGUCAUUGACAUUCCUAAUGAGUGAUGUGUUUUUACCAUCAGUCGGGGUGCAACUUCAAAGAAACACCAUGUAAAAACAAUAUCUAUUCGCCAUAACAACAAGGGCUGUAUACCGAAAAUACUUCGUAUUAAUUACUAUUGAAAAUUUCUCAUUCAGUAUCAAAUUUCAGUACCUAAGUAGUCAGUCUUUGCAUCCAUAAGCCAAUAAUGCUUGUUCUGAAAUCAUGUUAUUAAUACCCUUUUGUGUCCAUGGAAUUUUGUAUUCAUUGAUAUACUAUCAAUAAGCUGUUCCCACCACCUGAACAAGUCCAAUAAACAAAACCUAAUUAUUGUUUUUGAAUUAUUAAGUGAUUUGCUACGCCAUUAUUUUGCAAUACUAUCACAUUAUGUUGAUAUUCUGUCAUUAAUUUGAAAUUCUUAGUCAUUAUUCUGACAUGGUUUAUGAUUAUUUUGAGAUGAAAACAACAGAAAGUUUCUAAAAAUAAUGAGAACAAUUCUCAGAAUAAUGAGAUCUCAAAAUAAUAACUUUGCAUUUCAGAAAAUUAGGUAGUAUCUCAAAAUAAUGUGUGUUUUUCAGAAUAUCAUGAAAUAAUGGCACAACGAUUUACGUCACAAAAAAAAAUAGGUGGUGGAUUUUUAUUUUAUUUUAUUUUAUGUGGUGAGAAUGGGCUUCUGCAGUAAGCCAUGCAAACGCGGUCAACAUUGUUUCUGCCCAAAUCUAUAAAACCUCUCCCUACAUUAGUAUUCUUAUUUAAAUCAUAUUUAAGUAAUUAAAAAGGUGUAAAAAAGUGUAUUUCUGGUUUAAGUCGCACCCACUAUCGUUUGUAGUUUAAAAGAAAGGUUAUAAUGUUCAGGAAUCAUUUAUGAUUAAAAAAAAAAAAACAUCUCCAAUUUAAUAAGCCGAGACAUUAAGAACAUAUUUACGAUGUAGCUUAAGCAGCAGGUACUU